AUGACAGUUCAAUAUUUAUUGUUAAUCAAACAUAUGAAAAAUUCAGAAUACCUGCCUGCAUUAACAUUAUUGACUAGAGAUGCAGUAGAAACUGUUAUGGCUUAUCCCGUAAUUAGUUACGGCAUAAGCCAUAACAGUUUCUAUUAUCGACGCAUCAUAGCCGCCGACAUUAACCAACUGCGCGAUAUGUUGACUGGUCUUGAAGUAACAAAUCCGUUCAAAGGUGUCACUUGGAAAGGUGGAAAUAAGCAAACGAUAACAUGGAGAGAUGAUAAUGGCCAAACAUCGCCCUCGCUGAAGGAUCUAAAUAGUUUAACUAUUGGAUUGUAUAAUGGCAAUGCAACAGACCAAGUGUUUGUAGCUGAGUUAGGCAAAAAUAUUAAGGGCACAAAACUAAAAUUUGAAUUUAAAGUGCCUAAAGAUAUUGGUCCAAAAAGCAAUAAUUACUUUCUUAUAUUGUCUCAAUUUAUUGGUAAAGAUGAAUAUACUUCUUAUUCUGGUCAUUUCAGCAUCAAAGGUGUAAGUGGUUCCAUCACUAUCCCACCGGGUGGACCCAGCGGUUCUCCAACUGGAACCGGCAGUUCUCCAACCGGAACCGAUUCUCCAAAUAGUCCCAACAAUCCUUCUGCCACUCCAUCUUCUAAUGGUAAUAAUUCACCAUACUCUAAUACUACAUCCACACCAUCAUCUUCGGAUGGUUAUAGUUACUACGGUAAUGCAAAUAAGAUCGAAAGUUCUGUAUUUGGAUUUGCUGGAAAAUUGGUGAUCGCUGGCUUGGCUUUGGGCAUUUCUUUUAUAUUUUAA